UAUGUGUUAGCUAGGUUGAGAAAUUGUCAAUGUGACUCACAUCUUUAUAAUCCUUAUGUAUAUAACAGUUCAGAAAUACUCGUAGAAUCAUGUGGCAGUUAAUACUUCCCGUUAUACUAACUUCAAUCGAGGCUAGAUAUGAAAAUGUGAACGUGAAGCAGGACUGGUGGGAAACGGCGGUGUUUUAUCAAAUCUACCCGAGAUCUUUUAUGGAUAGCGACGGAGAUGGAAUUGGUGAUAUAAAUGGUAUCACUUCAAGACUAGAAUAUCUAAAAGAUCUAGGUAUAGAUGCGGCAUGGCUGUCACCCAUUUUCAAGUCACCGAUGCACGAUUUCGGAUACGACGUAUCCGAUUAUUACUCGGUUCACCCUGAAUAUGGCAGCGUAGAGGACUUUGAGCACCUUCUGAAGAAGGCUAAUGAACUAAAUAUAAAAAUUAUAUUGGACUUCGUACCGAACCACACUAGUAAUGAAAGUGACUGGUUCUUCAAGUCGUCACAUAGAGACGAGUAUUACAGUGACUGGUACGUUUGGGAAAACGGACACUUGGACACUAAAGGACUUAGGCGACCACCAAAUAAUUGGAUAAGUGUCUUUAGAAAAAGUGCAUGGCAUUACGUUCCGAGCCGCGAUCAAUAUUACUUGCAUCAGUUCGGAAAUUCCCAGCCGGAUUUGAAUCUCAGGAAUCCAGUUGUUGUAGAAGAAUUAAAGAGUAUAAUAAAAUAUUGGCUCGAGAAAGGCGUAGCAGGUAUGAGAAUUAACGCAGCAAACCAUCUGUUUGAGACUGACAAGGAUUUAUUCGGGGGCCGGUACCCGGAUGAGCCGAAGACUGGAAGGCCAGGAUUUGGGCCUGACGACUACGAAUACCUAGACCAUGUGUAUACUAAGGACCAGGAAGAGACUUAUGAACUAAUGUCACAGUUUCGGGAUGUGUUUGAUGCUAUUACGCUCCGGGAUAAUCUCACCAGGAUAAUGAUGACAGAUGCUUCAACGGGGAUCAAAAACGCAGUCAAGUACUACGGCGAGGGUAUUCACUCAGGGGCGCAUAUCCCAUUCAAUUUCGCUCUCAUAGAGGACUUGACGAAGGAAUCGGAUGCCAGAGACAUGAAAUAUGCGAUCGAUCGAUGGUUGACCUACAAACCACUACGGAAUCCGGCAAAUUGGGUGACUGGUACCCACGAUAAAAGCAGGGUAGCGUCACGCUUCCGACCAGAGUUAGUAGACGCAUUUAAUAUGCUUGUGCUUCUACUGCCCGGAAUUGCUAUCACUUAUAUGGGCGAAGAAAUAGGUAUGGUAAAUGGGUUCGUGCCGUGGACCGAGACGAAGGACCCACUCGCCUGCAAUACGGAUGACCCGGUCAACUUUAUAGAUGUGUCCCGCGACCCGGUGCGGACACCCUUCCAGUGGAGCAAUGGAAAAAACGCAGGUUUCUCAGAAGCAGAAAGUACAUGGCUUCCGGUAGCUGAAGGGUACGAGAACAUAAACGUGGCCAAUCAGCGAUCAGCUGUGCGUUCUCACUAUCAAGUAUACCGCACACUGAUUAGUCUGCGGAUGCGCUCGGCGUUUAGACUUGGUCGGUACGAGUCACUGGCGCUGAACAAUGACGUGUUUGCUUUCAAAAGUGGUUCUAUUAUAAAACAAGAAACUGACAGGGAGUUAGAGUGGUGGGAAACAACUAUUGUGUAUCAGAUAUAUCCACGUUCUUACGUGGAUAGUGACGGAGAUGGAAUUGGUGAUAUAAAAGGUAUAACUUCGAAGUUAGAAUAUAUAAAAGAACUUGGUGCUGGUGCUAUAUGGCUGUCACCAAUUUUUCAAUCUCCAAUGUAUGAUUUUGGAUAUGACAUUGCCGAUUUUUAUGCGAUUCACGAUGAAUAUGGAACUAUGGAUGAUUUCAAUGAACUUCUUGAUAAAGCCAAAGAAUUAGACAUCAAAGUCGUAUUAGAUCUGGUACCGAAUCAUACUUCAAACGAAAGUGUAUGGUUUCAAGAAGCUCUUAACGGGAAUGAGAAAUAUUAUAAUUACUUUGUAUGGGAAGAUGGAGUCGUUGAUGAGAAUGGCAACAUACAACCUCCUAAUAACUGGCUGAGCCAUUUUAGAGGUAGUGCUUGGGAAUAUAGGGAAGAGGUUGGAAAGUACUAUUUACAUCAGUUUGUUGUUGGUCAACCUGAUUUAAACUAUCGUAAUCCCGACGUUGUCGCUGAAAUGAAGGAUAUAAUCAGUUUUUGGCUAGACAAAGGUGUGGCUGGAUUUAGAGUAGACGCAGUUAAUUGUUUAUUUGAAGUUGACAAGAAACUUUUUGGAGGAAAAUAUCCAGACGAACCAUUAUCGGGCAGAACUGAUGUUGAUCCUGAAUCUCAUGACUAUCUAAGUCACAUUUAUACUAAAGAUCAAAAUGAAACCUAUUACAUGGUCUAUGAAUUCCGAGAUGUAUUUGAUGAGAUAUCUAGAAAAGAUGGAAUGCCUAGAGUUAUGAUGUCUGAAGUAUAUGCUUCAAUUCAAAAUGUUGUCAAAUAUUAUGGUGAAGGAUUAAAAGAAGGAGCCCAAAUGCCUUUUAAUUUUGAUUUAAUUACCGAUACUGCUGCCUCGUCUAGUGCUGCUGAUGUAAAAAGGGCCAUAGAUAAAUUUUUAACCUAUAAACCGGUUGAUAAAGUUGCAAAUUGGGUGGUUGGUAAUCAUGACCAGAGUAGAAUGGCAACACGCUAUGGAAGUUCAUUAGUUGAUAGUUUGAAUAUGAUAGUACUUCUUCUGCCUGGCGUUGGUGUCACAUAUAUGGGUGAAGAACUUGGUAUGGUUGACGGAUAUGUGAGCUGGGAAGACACUGUGGAUCCAGCGGGUUGUAAUACUAACGAUCCUAUCAAUUAUGUCCUUAAUUCAAGAGAUCCCGAACGUACGCCGUUCCAUUGGAAUGCAGAAAAAAAUGCAGGUUUUUCCACUGCUGAGAAGACUUGGUUACCCUUGGCCGAGGGCUAUGAAACCUUAAAUGUAGAAGUUCAAAAUAAUGCUGAAAGAUCACAUUUAAAAGUGUACCAGUCAUUAGCGGCUCUCCGUCAGGAAAAGACUUUCAGAUAUGGCCGAUAUGACUCGUUGGCUAUCAAUAAGGACAUUUUCGUUUUUAGAAGAUGGUACAAAGACGAGACGUAUUUGAUAGUAGUUAAUAUGCGAGACUUGGAAUUUGUGGUGGAUUUGACGUAUUUCGAGAAUGUAGACGGUGACGCCAGCGUUGUCCUUAGAAGCGUCCAGUCUCCCAAGAAUGAAGGGGAUGUUGUCGAGGUUGAGGCACUACCAGUAGCUGGAUAUGAAAGCGUCGUUCUGAAAUUAUUGGUAUUUUAUAGGCUAAAUCCAAUUUUACUACUCCCUGCACUAUUUCUCCUCGUCCAGACGAGGGAACUGCAAUGGUGGGAGUCUACGAUCUUUUACCAAAUCUAUCCGAGAUCGUUUGUAGACAGCGAUGGUGAUGGAAUUGGUGACUUGAAAGGAAUCACUUCCAAGCUAGAAUAUUUGAAAGAAAUUGGAGUUGGAGCAACAUGGCUGUCGCCAAUGUUUCAAUCACCAAUGUAUGAUUUCGGUUACGAUAUUGCUGAUUUUUAUGAUGUCCACAAUGAAUAUGGCACUAUGCAAGAUUUUGAAGAUCUUAUUGCAAAGGCUAAGGAACUGGAUAUAAAAAUAGUACUAGAUUUUGUACCUAAUCAUGGUAGUAACGAAAGCGUUUGGUUUGAAGAGGCACUUAAAGGCCACGAACAGUAUUAUGACUACUUUGUAUGGGAAGAUGGAGUAGUUGACGAAAAUGGUGUAAUGCACCCGCCAAACAAUUGGAAUAGCGUUUUCCGCAAAAGUGCCUGGGAAUAUAGAGAGGAGGUUGGCAAAUACUAUCUACAUCAGUUUGUAAUCGGCCAACCUGAUUUCAACUACCGAAAUCCAGCCGUUGUUGAAGAGAUGAAAAAUGUUUUGAGAUUCUGGCUUGAUAAAGGCGUAGCUGGUUUUAGAAUUGAUGCUAUUUCACAUUUGUUUGAAGUAGACAAGGAACUUUAUGGUGGAAAACUCCCUGAUGAGCCUUUAAGUGGCAGGCGCUCUGACGAUCCACUAAGCUAUGACUACUUAGACCAUAUUUACACAGUAAAUCAAGACGAAACUUAUGACAUGGUUUACCAAUGGAGAGAAGUAUUUGAUGAAUACGAAAAAAUUGAUGGUCUACAAAGAGUAGUAAUGACUGAAGCUUACACGUCUCCUCAACUUACAAUGAGAUACUUUGGUGAUGGCGAACGUGAAGGUGCACAAAUGCCUUUCAAUUUUGUGCUUAUUUCUGAUGUUAAUGGAGACUCCACCGCUCCUGAAAUAAAAUAUGCUCUGGACAAGUUCCUGACUUUUAAACCAAUCGACAAAUUAGCAAACUGGGUGGCUGGAAAUCACGACAAUAAUAGAGUAGCCUCAAGAUUCAGUCCCAAGUUGGUAGAUGGAAUCAACAUGAUUGUUUUACUUCUUCCGGGAAUAGCAGUUACUUAUAUGGGUGAAGAAAUCGGAAUGAAAGAUGGCUUUGUCAGUUGGGAAGACACAGUUGAUCCAAGUGCCUGCAACACGGAUGACCCGAUAAAUUACUACCAGGUCUCGCGUGACCCGGAAAGGACGCCAUUCCAAUGGAACUCCGAGAAGAAUGCCGGAUUCUCCACAGCCGAUAAAACAUGGUUGCCAGUUGCCGAUGGCUAUGAAACAUUAAACGUGGAGUUCCAAAAAUCUGUUGAGAGGUCUCACUUGAAUAUUUACAAGAAAUUAGCGAUUUUAAGGACGGAACCCGUUUUCAGACAUGGUCGAUUUGAGUCUUCGGCACUCAACUCUGAUGUGUUUGCUUUUAGAAGAUGGCAUGAGGGUGAAAUCUACUUGGUCGUUAUUAAUCUCCGAGAGCAAUCGUACAGUUUAGAUUUAACGUACUUCGAAAACGUUUCAGGGCAUUUGGAAAUUGUCAUAAAUAGCAUGGAAUCGCCAAAAGUAGUCGGAGAUUUGGUAGAGGCGUCGAAUAUGCUUCUUUCGGGUGGUGAAUCUUUAGUUCUGAAAGUGGUACAAUAA